UAAUCUCAUUUAAACUCGUACUCAUUAUAUUCCAUUACUAAUUAUCUGUUUUGAAGCACAUUUGCCGAACCGAACAAUGAACCGAAAACAAUGAGCUCUGAUGAUUUCAUCAACAGUAUUCAUCAACUAAUUAAAUGGUUAUACGCAAACAGCAUCACGUCAUUCUGCUACCGCAUGCCGCGCCACGCCGACGAGGUACACCCAUAAUAGAUUUAAGCUCAUUUAACAACAGCGUAUCUUUAAAAAGAAGCAAAACCUACAUUCGUCUUUAGUUCCGCGAAAUAAAGACCAAAAUUGAAUGUCGGCUAAAUAGAAAACUGCGUACAUGCGUAUGCAUGUUCGAGAAACAAUUUGCAUAGAAUUUUAAACUCUAACGCGCUUAGCAUUUGGUCGGAAAUGGCUCAUUAGGCAUACGAGAUAAUUAAGCUGGGGAUACACGUUCUCUCGGGGCGGUUGCUCAUUCGUGCAUAAUGGACUCGGGGCACAGCGACGCGCCUGACGCUUGACAAAACGUGGUUCGACUUUCACUCUCGUUUCAAACCAGUCUAAUCCUAUAAAUAAUGGGGUCGUCAUAUUUGCACGCGUAGAAAUUUGGAAAGCAUUACUUCACUUGCAUUCAGAAUCGAUUUAACUACGUUACUCUAUUUGAAAGAUAGUCAGCACUUCUAUAGAGUAAUGAACGCUUACGUUACGACUUUAUUCUUUAAAUUGUUAGAAAUAAAAAUGUUUUAUGACUUCUUACAAGAUUAUAACCGUACUGGUGCUCCUUGUCUCUUCUAGAAAAUGUUACAACUAUAAUAAAUUAUGUAAGGCAUGUUGUAGAUAGCUUCAUAUCAUAUGAAAUUAUAUUCCUGUAAUAACCAUACAAUGGGUGAACUCGAUCCGAAACUGAUAAGAGUUUCUCAGACUCGAGUGUUGUAAUCUAACAUACGACAGGGAGUCAAAUGAACAAAGACUCGUAAGUGCAGCGGUGUUUGCUUAUCGUUUGUUUACAGGCCACGUCUUGUUAGACGAUGCGGCUGGCGCGCCGACCGGCACGACAUGUGUGCAUUUUUUGCCCGCCCAAGGAGGCCGCGGGCGCGAGGUUAUACACCCAUUAUUACGUCCUUCCUACUUUCAAUUAUUAUUAUCGGGCGGCGGCGCCGCACCCGCGACGGGGAGGAGGAGAGAGGCGCAGCUGCUGCCUACCAAUAAUCAAGACCUGUCUCGCUUAGAGCGAGACAGAGAUAGCCCCGCAAAAGUAGAAAUUCCAAGUUUGUUUAAUUUUUACACGUCCUGUUAAAUAUCUACAACAGACACAAGGUAAACAAUUAAUUAUAUGAUCUUUUCAGCAACUUGUGUGCCUUCAAGAGCGUAAGAUUAUUUAUAAAAAUAUGUUUAAAUCAUACAAAUCCGAACGCGAUAGGAGGCGGAUCUCCGAAAAUUGCCGAGCGCGCCCGACACAACUCGCCAGUUUGCUCGCCGCACUUUGGCGGCCGGUCGUGAGGAUGGUGCUUUCUGUACGUGAACAAAGGGAAAUAAUUGUUUGCAAGUGUAAAGUAGAUGAUGUCGUCUGAGCCCACAAAAGUGAAGGUGGAAUACAUAAACGAGGACAAAACUAGCAAGGAAGGCAGCGGGACGCAGUCUCCCCUCGCUCUCCUGGCGGCGACGUGCAGCCGGCUCGGCGCCGCCAACAUGGGUCCUGAACAGCAGCAGGAGAACAAAGAACAACAACAGCACUUCAGCCCACAACAACAGCAACAAGCUCAACAGCAACAAGUGCAGCAACAGCAAGCACAGCAACAAGCACAGCAACAGCAACAGGCACAGCAACAACAGGCGCAGCAGCAGGCGCAACAACAAGCGCAACUGAUACAGCAACAAGUGCAAGGCGAUGCCGCUACGAUAGCCGCGAUACAGCAGCAGUAUUUGCAACAACAACAGCAACAGCCGCAGCUUAGGGUUAUAAGUUCUGCUGUGGUGCAGCAGUUGAGAGCCCAAGGGUUAUCGGGCAAUGAACUAUCAGCAGCUAUUGUGAAUGCAGCAAAUUCAGUUCCAAAUGGCAUCCAAGUACAGCAACCACAGGUUAUAUCAAUGCAGCAGCUACAGUCGUUACUGGGAGGCGGCGUGGUAUCGGGGGAGGGCGCCACCUAUCAAAACUCGCCGCAACAACUAUUGCAGAUACACCCACAGUUGUUACAACAACAAGCGGGCGGCGUGUACGGCGGCUGCCUGGUGGGCGGCGGCGUGCAGCCCAUGCAGGCCGUCACCGUGGACGGCCAGGACGCGCUCUUCAUACCCGCGCAACACGCGCAGAAUUUCUCGGGCAUGGGCCAAGUGAGCCUUGUCAACGGUCAACUUGUGAGGACGCCAGUCCUACCCGCCGGUUUCCUUCAGAAUGUCAUGCAUUUACCGACCGAGCAGGCCAGCGUGUCGCUCCCGGGCACUAACCUUAGCAUUCCCCUAAGCGCGCUGGCGGGCGGCGCGCCGCUGCUGCUGGGCGACAAGCCCGCCGCCAAGGACAAGCCCGCCAGCCCGCCGCCCGCAGGGGGUGGCGUAGCUGUUCGAGGCGGAGUCCCAGGCGUGGGCGGCGUGGGCAUGGUGCCCGUACAGGUGCCGGUGAGCGUGGCCAACGGACACACAGUUUAUCAGACGUUGCACCUGCCUGUACACGCGCCGCAACACCUGCAGAUCAUACCACAAUUACAACAGAUGCAAGCUCAACCCCAAAUGGCCAGCGUGCUUACACCAUCAGGACAAAUACAACAGAUUCAGAUUGCCUCCUUAGCAAAUGUGCAGCAGGGCGGGGCUGCGCAGGCCAACGCGAGCGCUGCGCAAACACCCACUACCAUCACUCUACAGGUCCCAACGUUGGGCGUGGGCGGUCUAGGCGGUGCGGUACAGCUUGUACCGGCGCUUGGUCUGCCAGGCGUGCAAUUGGCACAGCUGCAGCAAACACAACAGCAGAAUGCUCAACCGCUAAUAGGCCAACAGAUCCAACAAGACCCGAACGAGCCUGGCAAGUGGCAGGUGGUGAGCAUGAGCGCGUCCAGCAACAACGGCAGCGCGGCGUCCACCCCGCAGCCCGCCGAGUGCGAGGCCGCCAAGCUGCGCCCCGCCAGCCCCUCCGCCGGCAAGCGCCUCAUGAAGCGCGUGGCCUGCACCUGUCCCAACUGCGACCAGGGGGAGAAUCGGCUGAUGGAUCGCAAGAAACAACACGUGUGUCAUAUAGCGGGCUGUAAUAAAGUCUACGGAAAGACAUCGCACCUACGGGCGCACUUACGAUGGCACUCCGGCGAAAGACCUUUUCUCUGUAAUUGGCUGUUCUGUGGCAAGAGAUUCACAAGAUCAGAUGAGCUACAAAGGCAUAGACGGACGCACACCGGCGAGAAGAGGUUUGAAUGUCCUGAAUGUCGGAAACGCUUCAUGCGGUCAGACCACCUCGCGAAGCACGUGCGGAUACACACCAAGAAUAGAAUUACGGAAGUGGCAACAUCAACUCAAUCAAUGUACUCAGACUCGGGCGACGACAGCUGCGACGAGAAAAUGAUGCUCACAAUAGAAACAGUACACAACGAUGGUGACGGCGAGGACAAGCUAGUGAUGAGACCCAGCCCCAAGAUGGAGCCCGACCACAUCGAUAGCUAGGACGAAGAUAGCGACGACUAGAACCGUCGCUAUACAGUGAUCGUUAUCAACCAGUGAGGUGAUAAACUGUUCUAUUAACAAUUGGCGCGUUAAUUAUUCGAAUCCGAAGGUUUGUGAUCGUCUGAGACAAUUUUAUAUUUUCUAUUGGGGUAUUGUGUCUUGUGUAUCGAUAGUCGAAUUAUAGUCUGGUUAGAAGAUGGUAGAUAUCAAAGGCUUAACUGAGAUUCAAUGUUAAAAUAAAUAUUAAUAGUAAUGUCCUUACUGUGUUUGGUAAUGAUAUUCCGUUGAGUCUUUGAUUUGAUUAUCCGCCAAGGAAAACCUUCAGAAUUAAUGAAUUAUGUAUGCGAUUGGAAAAGACUACUAUCAAGCUGGUCCGUGAUAAAAAGGGCAUAUAUGUGUAAAAUAUAAGAAGCUUAAAAAACAAACGAAUUGCAUUUUGUAAGAGUUGAAACGAAGAUGUUUGUAUGAAGAGCACCAAAAUAUAUCAGAAACAUGAAAAUACUUGGAAACGGUGAAACUAGCUGUUAAUAAAAUAAUAUAUCUGAUUUUACACUUAAUUAUGUAAGCAUUAAGGUUCUAUUUACCUUAAAUAGGUUGUCCAUAUUGAAAUUACUUAAGAUAAAGUGAGAUUAUUAAAUAUAUUAUGAUGCAAAUAUUAAUUAUUGAUUGUAACCCGGUUUCUGAACAGCGGAUCAAUAAACUCUAAACAAAAUAAUUGAUCACGGCUGUGAUUGGUUGUUAGAGAAACUUGCAACCAAACACAGCGUUUGGCGUGACGUUUGACAGUUGAUUCAAAUUUAUAAUUGAAUCUGUGUUUUAGAAACUGGCUGUUUAUGUUGGAUUUUGUUUCGUCUUGUUGUAGUAUGUUUGUAUACAUUGAAACUGCCUGUAGUGUGUAUUGUUUUAAGUAGAAAAAAUAUUUAUAUGUAGAUCGUGAAAGUCUUUUUAACUUAUAUUAUUCUAAGGCUAGUUGACUUACAUAAAAGUUUUCUACGGAAUAAGUCAGCCACUCUUAGUUACAGUCAUAGUUGUAAUAAAACAAGUAUACAUACAUACACAGAUAUAGUACUUAAACAACACGAUCGUUCCUUACAAAUUGUAAAAAGGUUGGCUAUGUAACACCAAAAUAUAAAAACUUUUUGGUAGUGCCUGUUUCUUGUUGAAGUUUAACGAGUAAAUUGUUGUUGAAAAGAAAUUGUCAAAAGAGUAAUCGUUUCGAAUACGAUAAAAAAACAAUUUUAUUGGUCUGUGAUCAAAAUUUUGUAUAGGCGUUGUAAAUGUUAUUGUUAGUCCUACAGCAAACACAUGUACUUACUUGUAAAUUGUAUAUAUAGUGUAAGAACAACCUAGAUAUUAAAUAUGUAAAUUUUAGGAAAUAAGAUCUAUUUUUGUACAUAAUUUACAAAGGAUUUAUGCCGUAACAUUGCUUUUUAAUGUCAUUCCAAAAAGGAUUUUGUAGAUUGCGUAUUGUUAGAAAACUCGAAAUAAAGGUCAUGCUACACCGCUAGAGGGAGCGAGCGAGCUAGCUGCGCAAGAUAUCGUUUCAUGUCAUAUUUAACUUUUGUCUAAACAGCAAACUUGAGAGAUAGGAGCAACAGAUCGCUCCUAGCUGACGGUGUGACCAGGGGUUAUACAGCCAUGUCUCAAAGUGUUAUUAUAGUUUUGCAAGCUGUGUGAAGCAGCUUCAAUCUUUCACAACUGAAAUAAUGACUUUCGAGACGUGUUGGUAGCUCCUACACUCCUCUAUUCAUAUAGAAUAACCCCACUAUCGUGACUUAUUUAAACCGCUUUACCAUUGCAUAGUAACAAUGUAUCUAUAGAUUUAUAUGUACAUUUGUUUGGGUACUUAAAAAAAGGAUGAUCGUUUAAAAAAAAACGCGAGAUUACCUAAUCAAAUAUACCACUGCAAUAAAGUAGUUUUUUUAGAUACAAGAUUUAGAUACUUAGGUUAUCUAUUAAAAGAUUGUUUACCUUUUUCAAGUACGUAGACAAAUGGAGUAGAGAGACUCACCCCCAUUAAUUUAUACUCGCCACUGUCACCAACAAUACUCGUAGACCAGUAGUUAUAAUAUACAGUUGUGUAGUCAGCACGGUUUCCUGCCUUUUGAAUACUUAAAAACUUAGAUUUACAUACAAAAACAUUACAAUUACGAUAAUUAUUGAAACUCAUAUCUUACAAGUUAGUUUUGGAAGUUCAAGACAAAUUUGUAAGUAUGAAACACUUUUUGUAGUUUUUUCAAGUGAGAAUUACUCUUAAACCAUAAUAACCGUCUUAAAGUUUGUGCAUAGUUAUAAUGAAUCACUUAAAAAUGAUAAGUCAGAUAUAAAUAUUUUUUGUACAAGCCCUAACUAGGUAGGAAUAUGGAAUGGAAACUGAAAUGUCAUUUGAAGGAGUAAGAGUUUGGUACUUGUUGAAAUGUAAGGCAUUGAGAAUAUAAACCAUCUCCAAUGUUGAACUUAAUUGUCGAAACAGCUUUGGGUGUGUCGUCAGCGUUAUUGUGGUAAUCAAUGUCCAUGAGAAUUACUGACAUUGAACCUAUUUGUUAGUACAAAAUCGCACGUUUAUAUACUUCUGUCAUGUUAUGUUUGUUUUGAAACGGUUUACUCACGCGUAUUUAGAAGUUAGGAGUCUUUAAUCGGGAUCUGACGCUUCCACGGAGUUCCGAGUCGAAUUGACUGACCCCGUUUGGAUCCGAAACUAGUCUAGGGCUAUCCCGAUAAAUAUGCGUGGGUAAACCGUUAUUUAAUAAAUCAUCUUACUGUAUAUUGUUGUCGCGGUGUUGUUCAAUUAGGUGAUACCGUUGCCGCAUUAGUUAUAGUAAAAUGUGAUUUAGUGCUGCCAAAUAUGGUUCAAUAUUCAUCGUCCAUCGCCAGCUGUUGGCGUGCAAUAAGGAUGAUGACUG